AUGGAGGUCAUCGAUCAGAACAAUAUGGGAAAUAAAGUACGUGAAUCACGAAAAGGGAAAGAUUUGCCGAAUAUUGCGUUGUCUAACAGUUUUGGAAAUCUUGGAGAAGAUAUGGAAUCAGGUGAGUUAAGGAAGGGAUUAGAUACGUACAUGGAUGUCGGAGCCAGUGAAUCGCGUGUGAACGAGAAAGGAAUGGAGGUUAAUGUCGGGAGCGGGAAUAAGGAGAAUAUCGCGCCGGACUUCGUUAUUGAGGAAGCAAUUGAUGGAGAGAAUGCUAGUGGGCUUGUGUUUAGAGCUUCAUCAGGCCCACACCCGAAUCCUAGUCGACUGGGCUCGAAAAACAAGAAGCAUGAGAAUGGAAAAAGUGCAGAGUCGGGUCGGCCCAAGAAGGCAAAUCUGACUAGGCCCGCCAGAGGAUUAGUGUUUGGUCCGGCGAAAGGCGAACUUGAGCUCUCGACGAGUGGUAAACGACUCCGAGUCAAGCAAGGAGCUGUUGGUAGAUCUGGUGGUUUCAUCGUGACGGGGAGGACAUUUGAAAGGGAGAAUCAUGCACCGGAAAAGAAUUCACUUGUUGAGACGAUGGAUGCUCAAAUGGGUAAAGAGGGAAGCUUGUCGGCGGAAGAAUAG